UUGUUGUAUUUUGUUCAAAGAAUUUUGCAAAAAAUUUAAUUUUUGUAAUUAUAAAACGAAAUUGUAUAAAUAUGUGUCGUCUGUUGGUGUCUUAUUUAAAUCUAAAUCUUUGUUAAACAAUGCCAAUUACAAAAUAAUAUCAAUAAAUACCAGUUUUCCCAAAAAUAGCCCAUCCUUUUGUGAACAAGAAAAAAAAGUGCGAUGAAAAAUUUUCACGGGUACCAGAAUACAAGAAAAAACAUAAUUUAGAAGAAAUUAUCUAUAAGUGAAAAAAGCAAUUUAAAUUAUAAAAAAAAGUAUUUUUAAACAAAUUCCUUCAUUCACAUUAAUUUGGAGAACGAUUUUUGGUUGAUUUUGAUUAAAAUAUGCAGAAAUGGCGUCGUCUAUGCUAACAGCAGAGGUUUCAGGUUCGGCCUCAAAAGAGGCUGAUAUUGAUGAGGCAUUAAAAUCAGCAUUGCAUUCCUGCGCCAAUGAUCCUGACUUUGCAAUCAUAUGUGAUUUCCUACAAAAGUUUUCAAAAGAUUUGGGACUUGAUUUGCCCAACUUUAAAUUGUUAUUGCAAUGGCUGACCAAAACCGAUGAAGUUUCACCCCAACUGAGAGAAAUGCAAAUAAAACUUUUAAGAAAAACUCGUAAAACGGUACAUGAAAAGUGCUGGGAAUCUGCAUUAAGUAAGUUUUGCUUCACAUACUCAGCCCAAGAUGCUUGGGAAGUAGAACGUUUUGGUUAUAAAAACUCCAGUGUUAAAGUAAAACUUCGUAUUUUACGGGAACUACUUGAAUGCCAAUUUGAACGCAAUGCUAAGUUUCGAGCUAAAAUUUUAACCCUUAGUGCUGAUUCUUUGAGAUCGCAACCGAUAGGGCGCGAUAGCCUUGGUCAUGCAUACUGGGUGACUCAAGAUAAUGACUGUAACAUUCGUAUUUAUCAAGAGCACUUAGAUGAAGAGAUAUGGCAGGUUGUGGCGACAAACCGUGAUGAGUUCGUCAACUUAAUAAAGCGUCUAAGAGGUAGUGAAGUUGUGCUACCCUGUACAGAAAUCGGCAUAAUUGAUGAGGAUACAUCAUCCAGCAGCAGCAGUAGUCGUAACGAUGCAGAUUCUGUGCAAAAAGUACAUCCACUAGAAGAAAAGAAUGACUCACAAGAGGAUGAGCAAAAAGUUCCAAUACUAAGCAUUAAACUUGUACAUGGCAAGAGUUCGAAAGAUGACGUCGGUAAAGGCGAGGAAGAAUUAGCUGCUGAGGAAGAUGCCAAGCAGUUGAAAAAGCUCAAAAAUGGUACAGAGGCCCAUGACAGUGGCGAGGAAGAGUUUGAGGAAGUCGAAGAAGAGUAUGAGGAUGAAAGUAGUAGCGAUGGUGAAAGUGAUGAUGAAGAGGAUGACAUUGAGGACGAUAAUAAAAUCUCAAAGAAAACUGACAAUGCAGCAAAUCAAAAAUUGGACAAAAAUUCUAAAGAAAAAGACGAAGAUAAAAAAGUUAAGCCAUUGCUGAUAUCACAGAAUAAGAUAUUAAAAAGUGAAAACAGUUCAUCGUCAAGUAAUGCAGGUAAAAAAAGAGCCUUAGAUCAAGUGGAUGCCAAUUCUCCGCCUCGAAACGAAGGUCAACAAGUCAGUGCGCUUAAAAAAUCUAGGCCAUCUUUAAUGGAUUCGAAACGGUCAAAAUCUGUAAACAAAUAUGAAAAUAGCAACGAAGAAGGGGAAGAAGACUACGAUGAUGAGGAUGAAUCUGCCGAUGGAGAGGAAGAAAUAGAAGAGGAAGACAUUGAUUCUGUAGCAGCUGAAGAAGACGAAAAUGAGGAGAAACAGAUUGAGGACUAUGACGAUGACGACGAAGAAGAUGAAGAGGUAGGAGAGGAAAUAAGCGAUCCAGUUGUGCAUGUCACUGGGGAAGGUGCUGGUAAGGAUUGCGAUGUUGGAAACUUGCUGUAUUGCAUCGACUACGGCACAAGCAGUGAUGACGAUGAGGGAUUCGGUAUAAGCGAUGAAAUAGUUGAAGAUAUUUUUUACGUCUCGGGGGAAGGCUGUGGCAAAGAGUGCUUAGUUGGUAAUAAAAAUAAUGAUGAUGACAAGACAACAAAAACAACAAUUAAAAAUGAUUCGGAAAUAUCGAAAACAAAUGUUGAAACUAAACAAGAGUCCGAAUUGGAAAUUUCCUUGCCCCAAAAAGACAACAAAACUACUUGUAUCUUGAGUCCUAAAAAUUCUGUUCCUAAGGAUGAUAUUUCUGCCGAUUCCCCCAUUAAAGAGGAAGAAUUAGUUGAGAAAAAGCUAAAUACUGAAGAAAACAAUAAGAAAAAACCAGAAAAUGUGAAUGACAUAGAAAAGCAGGACAAUCCUAAAGAUGAAAAAAGUCAAAUUAAUGGGGAAAACAAAUCUAAAGACCUCGCCAACAAAACACUGAAAGAAACACACUCAGAACCAUGUGAAACUAAUAAAUUGCCUUUGUCAAUCGAUAAUAGAAAACCUUCAGAUGAGAAAACCCAUUCAGAGACGACCUCAUCAGAAGAUAAUCAAAAACCAAGUAAAAAUUUACCAAUAUCAAAGACAGAUUCCACGGUGUUAGAUGCAACAAGUCAACAAUCACAUGCCAGCAAAAUGUCUGCCUUAGAAUCUUUAAAGAAAGAAUUGAGAGAAUCGAAACAAAAGUUGUUGGAAAAGAAAUCAAUAACUACCGGCGAAAGUAGUACUGUAAAGCUUGCAAGUCCGGCUAUUUAUAAUCGCAAAAGACGACUGACAGAUCAACAACAAACACCAAAUACUCGUCCGCCAAAUUCUGAGAGUGAGAUAGAUUUGAAUUCUGAGAAUCCUGAAGAUUUGCCAAAUGAUCAGGAGCUGGAAGUUGAUGACGAUGAUGAUGUCGAUGUAGGCGGCAAAAGACUUAAGAUGCGUCCCAAGCAAACCAAUUCUGAACUAAGAAAAAAGAUAGAGGCUCAAAAAGUAGCAGCGAAUGAUGAAACUACGUCAUCUAGUGGUGGCGAAGAAGAACUCAGAAGACGCAAAAAGAUAAUAUUGUCUAAACAGCCUACUACUGUUCCACCCUCAAUAAACGCUGAAGAAAUAAUUUCAAAUAUGGAAUCUACUAAAGAUAAUAAUAAAUUGAAAGAUAAUGAAACCUCAACUAAAGUCAUUGAAAAGUCUGUUACAGCUACAUUAACGCAACCACAAGCUGUAAUCAAAAAAGUAACACAAACUACACCCACCAAAGUUAAACCAACUUUAGCAGAGAUAAUUGAGAAAAAGUUAAAGAAAACUCCAGAAAAAAUUGAAAAUGAUUCAACCGCCUCGACUGCAAAAAGUCUAUUUCCGUCUCCAAAUAAAAGCCCCAUCACCAAACCGUUAAAGAAAAAUCUAUUAACCCAAAUAAGACAAGAAGAAAAUGAUGAAGAUGCAGUCCCACGAAAACGUACCAACAGCCAAGAGCUAAAUUCACAAACUUCAAGUGAUGUUAAAACAAUAGAGACAACUACUAAAAUUAGUACCGAUAUGAAAGCAAUUGUUACCAAAAUUGAUAUUGAAAAACAAAGAACCACUCCGGAACGCCAACGAAAGCGUCGUAGCAGCGAAGAAACUAUUCAACAUGACAGUCCUGAAGAACCAGAAGCCAAAAAAGAAGUUACUGCGGCUGUCAAGGACAAGGAAGUUACAGCGAAACGCGAUAAACCGGUUGAUACCAUCAAAGAAGAAGAAAUAACUGCAGAUUCAAAUGAUAUUGAAAUCAAAAAGGAAACGACAAUUCCAGUUUCUGGCAGGCGUUCUGGUCGACGAAGUGGAGCGGCUCCGACUUAUGUUGAGGCUAUACAGAUGAAACGAAAUCGAUCUUCGACAAAAAAUGCUACGAAAAAAGAAUUUACCGAAUGUGAUAAAGUGGAGGUGAUUAAAGAAGAAACUCCAAGUAAGGAGACAAAAGCUAGUGCAACUAAUUUGAAAGAGAAAAACAAUGUGGAGAAAUUAUUGAGCGAUAAAUCAAAGUCAUGCUCUAAAGAAGAUAUUAGUGAAGAUGUUGAAACUAAAAUUAGUCAAACUAUAAUAAAGAACGAAAUUGCUAAACCCAAAUCGAGUCCUACAACAACUAAAACACCAACAAAAGGAGUACGUAAACAACGUGAUGUCGAUGCUACUAACAUUAUUGACGUAGACAGUGAAACACCAGUACGCCAAUCGAGACGAAUAGCCCAACAAAAGAUACGAGAAGAAGCAGAGCGUCGUAAACUCGAAGAAAUUGCAUUGAGAACUAUGAAGCAAGAGUUAAAAAAAAAGAAAAAAGCAGAAAAGCAGGCUGAUCCAACAGUAGUACCACCUACUACUGAACCGUCAUCCGAAUCUGAAGAGAGUGAUGUCGAAACCAAGAGAAAAGUACAAAAGAAAAAAUGUCCGGGAAAGGAUGGCAAUUGGUCAUCUGGUUCGGAGGAACAAGAAGAACCAGAUGAAGAAGACGAGGAGCCGCCACAUUAUGAAACCGAUCCGGGCUCACCACUUUUUAAAUCGGAUCAUGAAUUUUCACCCGAGUCCGAUAUAGAAGAUGAAUCUCAAGUAGUGCCCAUGAAGAGAGCACGUACCGUGCGCAAGGAAGAUGCUGUCGAUGACGCUAGUGCAGCAGCUGCAGAAGAGGAAGCAUGUCAAAAGUGCAAUAAAUCAGACCACCCUGAAUGGAUUUUACUGUGUGACAACUGUGACAAAGGCUAUCAUUGUUCCUGCCUAUCACCAGUUCUGUUUUACAUUCCUGAGGGAGAUUGGUAUUGUCCUCCUUGUCAACAGGAGCAACUUAUCAAAGCGUUAGAAAAUCAAUUGAAAGAGUUUGAUGAUUUGGUUGAAAAUAAAAAGCAAGAAGAAGAACAAGUGAAACGAUUGGCUGAGGAAGAAAAAGUACGUCAAGAAAAAGCGGAGGAGGAAUCAAAAGAACAUAAAAGCAAAAAGAAUCGUAGAAUGAAUGCAAAGAGAAACAAUGACAAUUCCAGUGCAGACGAUCGUUCACAAGAGGAGAACGAUGACGAAGAAUCAAGUACAAAUUCCGAUGACAGUAGGGAAAGCGGAGCAAAGAAACAAACUGCAAAGAAUAAAAACAGAAACCGCUCAAAGAAUUCGAAGAACAGUGACAAACGCAACCACCGCGAUCGGCGGCAUAAUACUACUCGCAGUAGACGAAGUCGAUUGCAAAAGCGUGGUAGUGGCUCUGAUAGUGAUUCGCAAAACUCAAAGAAAUCUAGGAAUGAAUCCAAGAGUAGUAAUUCCUCCUCGUCUUCAUCAACUUACUCUGAAAGUGACAAUGAGCCAAUCUACAAGUUACGCAAGCGAAGGCAAAUUAAUGUCAGUUAUCGCCUCAACGAGUAUGACGAAAUUAUCAAUUCAGCGCUUAAAAAAGAAAUGGACGAAGCAGCAGGUGCUGGAAAUUUGGGUCGCGGAAAAGAUAUUUCCACUAUAAUAGAGGCCGAUAAGGAGGAAAAGGCACGCCAAAAGCACAUAGAUGGUGAUGAAGAGGUCGCCGUACCACCAAAGGAAGAAGGCAGCAAAGAAGAUAAAGAUGUCAAGGAAACAAAAGAAGAGGAUUUCAUAAAGACUGAAUCCAAAGAAGCAACUAAGGACGAGAAAAAAGAAACUGUCGAAAAAGAAGACGAUGACGACAGUGAUGCUGAACCAAUUAUGCGUAAAUUUAAUAUUAAGCCAUCGCAGAAGAAAAAAUCUCGUAAACUUACUACUUUGGAUAUAAGCUCUGAAGAUGACAAUGCAUCCGAUGAGGAUUUUAAAGGCUCAUCAUUGGAUGAUGAUGAAGAAGAGGAUACCUCAAUUUCAGCUUCGAACAGCGAUUCCAGUCUUGAAAUAUACAAACGACAUGGAAAGUCUAAGAAAAAGCGGCGUAAGGCUGCGCGUAGAGCAUUUCGCGAACGCCGUAAAGAUAGAAGGUUUGUUGUGGACGAAAGCGACGAUGAAGAUGUGCAACGACCAAAGUCCAAAAAGAAACGGAAGGACGAUUCCGACUACACAGAAAGUGAAGCUGAUGAUGACGAUAUUUCUGAACUAUCGGAAAAUAUCGACAGCGCUGAUUUGUGUGAUGAUACCACUACAGAUGAAUCUGACGGUGCCUGGAGGCCCAACCAAAGAAAGAAAGCUAAGAAGUCGACUAUACCAUUUGUGCAAAAAUCUCCCAAACCCAAGAGCUCACCAAUCAAAAAACCCAAGAAAGUCGAAUACUCCGACGAUGAUGUGAGCGAAUCGGAAGAAGACGACGACGACGAUGAAAAUGACAACGCUGGUUCUGGAAAGGGCAUGGGCAAGCAACCUCGCUCUCAACCUCUAAAAACUAGUUCCAGUUCGUCAAAAACAAAAGGCAAAGGUAAAGAAAAACCUCCACCAAAAUCAAAAAAGAAGAAGAAGUCGUCGGAGGAUGAGGGCAGCGAGUCCGAUAGUGAAGACAGUACACGUCGUACGAGAGGGCGCCGAUAUGCUUACAUUGAGGAUUUCGAAGAUGACAGUUCCGAUGGUGGCAUUAAACCUGGAGUUCAACGGCCUGACACGCCUCCCGAAGAGCGUGAAAAAUUCAUAAAACGCCAAGAAGAAAUUAAACGCAUGUUGGCAGAAAAGAACGCCGAAGGUGCAAAACUCGUGGCUACACCCAGACUUACCCCCAUUAAAACUGACGGCGAAAAGGACAAACGAUCUCCUACUAAGACCGCAGGAGGAGAUUCUCUCUCAACAGUCCCAUUGUCAGUUAUACGACAAGCGAAGGUACUUGACAUAGACUACUUACAACGGCGUGGCGAAAGUCUGGACGAUUUAAGCAAUGAUAUGGGUGAAGUUGAUGAUGAUUUCGAUGAUGCUGAUCUUCCUGAUGAUUUGCCCGAGGAUAUGGACGAAGAUGCUAUUGCUCGUAUGGUGGAGGAGGAAGAAGAGUUUGGUGGAGCUGCGGCUAGAGACCUUCCACCACCAGACGAAGUUUUGAGAACGCCCACUAUUGUCAAACCUACUAAAAUGAAGGAAGUAGAAAAACCAAUUUUACCUGCAAGCGUAAUUUCUACAUUCCCCUCAAAUAGCCCGCAAGUAACCCCUGCAACAUUACCAACACCAGCAGUCUCAGGUCUCCAGGAACCAGUGAGGAAGAGGCUGCCAAUGCCAACAAUGCAUCCUCCAUUACUACGACAUCAGCAGUAUUUAAUGCACGAAGCCAUGUCCAAUACUCAUCACAUGAUGCAACGUCACGGUGGUGGACAACCACCUACAUCUCAUCUUUUGCAAAGUGCUCUAUCAGCUCCUUUAACACAGCCGUUGGACCGAAACUAUCCCCCGACAACACCUUCGCCCUCCCAUCAUUCUUUAAUUAAUCGAAUGGUCCACAAUAUACCCUUGCAACCUACACACGUAUCACAAGCUUUAGGAACAAAUAGGCCACCUCUAAGCCUACCACCACCACCUUCAAUCCUCACCAAAUCGUCUCCAAUGAUCGAUCACCCAGCGCAGGACAAAUCAACAAAUCCCCAACCAGUAGCAGAAAACAAGCCACGAGGAAGACGAAAAAAAAUUACACCUCUCAGAGACACGCUACAAAAACAACAAACAGCUGCGGCCGUGACUGCGGCGACUGCAACAAAUGCCGCUUUAGCUUCAGCUAUAGUUAAGAACAGUGAAUCUGUUGGUACUGGUAUCUCUUCCCAGCCAUCGAGUGUUAUUAAAAGUGGAUCGCCAACGAAGCUACCAAUGCAAGCUAGUGUCAUUACCAGUAUGCCACCAACAUCACAUACAGUUACUAACAGACCAGGUGUGACCAUGCCUCCAAUAAGCGGCGCUUAUGUGAGGGCUGAUGGUCCAAGAUUUUACGAUCUACCAGGAAAUCGAAUUUCGCAAAUUGGUAUUCAGCGUCAUCGAGGACCACCUCAAUUGCCACCUAGCCUAUUACCACCACAUCCUGCCAAUCGAUCAUCAUACGGUCCACCCCCUCCUCUAAAAGGCUCGAGUUCAGGACCCCCUGCUCCACCAUCUUCGUCACCGGGUUCAAUAAGAAAUCCAAUGCAUCACGUACCACCACCCUACCUAGGAAUGCCACCCAAUGCACGACAUGCAUCACCACAUCUAAAUAUGUACAGUAGGCCACCUAUGUAUGGAAAUCCGAAUUUUGGGCCGCGUGUUAAUUUAAGACCUCCAAAUAUCCAUGCGCCGGAGUACUCGGCUGGUUCGCGAGCUUAUCCACCCUAUGGAUUCUACCCGCCACCACCUCCUUUAACGACACCACCUGGUCAACGUUCUGGACCUGGUUCGGCACCACGCCCUCCCACACAAAUACCUCCAAUUCCAUCAGCUCUUACACAGUCUCCUGCAUCAGUCAUAGUAUCUGCUGCAGCUGCAAAGUCUUCGACUACGCCAACGGCUACAGCUCAGCCUACACCUCCACCUACUCCCGAUAUAAAUGAACCUAGCUCCAGUUCUAAGCCAGUCUUAGUGGCACAGGAUUUACCAAUCAAAAUAAGUCCUCCAAAAACGUCAUCACCGACACCCGUCGUACCACAAUCCGAAAAACCUAUAAUUGCAGCAGUGCCUGUGGCAGAGCCACGAAAAAAACUAACUACACUGCAAGCAUACACCACAAAUACUGCUAAGAAAUCACCAGUGCGACCGGCCGGUGAUUCGUCCGGAUCACAGAGUUCACCGGGACCCCCAACUGAAGUCAAUGACGAUAAUUCAACACCGGCACCUUCAGAUAAUACGCCGCCAACAGCCGAACAACAACCGACCAGGCAAGAACGUCAAGCCAGUGAAUUUAGCGGACUCGUAAGCUAUUUCAGUUCACAACAUGAUGAUUAUAACACAUAACAUUUAUAAGAAAGUUUAAUUUAAAAUGUUUCCAUUUUUAAAUCUCAUGUACAUACUAUAAGACAUAUACAUACAUACAUAUGUAUUUAUUUAUAUAUAUACAUAUAUAUAAUUUAAUUUUUAAUAUAAAAA